GCUACGCUGCGGGCAAGCAGAGAGGGUGUGGGGUGAUGCGAGCCCGGCCGAGCUUGUGGCUAUUAACUAAAUCGUCAGUGGACCAGCUCCAAAGGGUAACUCAGCCUUACACCACGCGACACGUCGACCCGUUCAGGAACGCGUGCAAGCCGUCUGCGUUGCUCGCGCAUACUGAGGAUACUGGGGGAACGGUGUUCUUGAUGUGCGUGGGUAGCUUGCUUUUUCCUUUCGAAGGCGCUGAACCACGCCUACUCGCGAUCGGCUUCGCGGCGGGUGCAUCGCAGCGAUUUGCGCAAUAGCAGCAGCAGUGCGCCGCGUCAAUGACCAAUGACCAAGCGGUCCCCGGCCAAGUCUACCAAGCAGAAACGCCGCGGACGGGCAGCACCCCGAUCAGCAACUCGGGAACAGACUCCCGACGACGCCUUGUACGAGAUCCGAGACAUCCUCGACGAGAAGCUUGUGAAGGGUAGAUUACUGUACAAAGUAGACUGGGCCGAUAACCCCGCCACCGGCGAGCGAUACGAUCCGACCUGGGAGCCCGCCGAGAACGUCACGAGAGCAGCUGUUGCAGACUGGGAGAGAGAAAAGCGGCGGCGACAAGGCAUUGCGCCCGAGAGCUCAAGUUCCACCGCCGAGACCGACAGCCAGCCGGUGCUACACCCCAACUGGAGGGCGAAGCGGAAUAGGGAGCUCUGGGACGCUGAAGACGAGGAGAGGGCGUCGAAACGCCAUAGGCGGUCCGUCGACUCCGGCUACACUUCCACCGACGGUGACCAGUCUGGUAGCUGGGCGCACGUGGAGUCAGUCCCGCAAAGAAAGGGCGAGCUAGUCCUCGAGAUCUCGCGCCCUCCCGGUUUCGACCCGUCCGAAUACCUGCGCGUCUUCUCGUCUCAGUCCGCGCUCUCCUCGCAGCCAGCGGACGCGGCUGCCUCCCAGGAAGAGGACUUGCAGCGUGUCGCCGGCCCAGUAAGCCAGCGGACGAUUCCGGAUUCGCAGGACCCAUUCGAUUCCCUGAGGACCCAGUCUACGGCCCGGUCCGCCAGCGUUCCAAUUGAAUGCGAACGGGGAAGUGCACAGGACCCAGACGCCGAGCUUCGAAUCAGCCGGUCUGACCUCGACAUACCCUCUCGCCAGCCCGGAGCUUCUCAGCGCGCGAGCGGUCGCUCAGAAGGGCUAGUCGAGACGCACAUAGAGUCGGCAGCACAAAGUCUUGCGCCCCCUAGCCCAAGGCUCCAAUCACAGCUCGCACCACCCUUGGUUGAUAGCCCUUGGAAGGAGGGAUUCCUCACCCAGCCGAACUUCGAGCUAUCCAUCUUUGGGGCCGAAACACAGUCUUUUCGUGCUGUAGGACCGCAAUUCACCAGUCAAGAACCAGUUCCGUAUCAGGAGCAGGACGAAAGCAGCCAGCAGCACGGUUCAGCUUUCGGGGCCGAUCCCUCUCUAUCUGGCUCCGAGAACCAAGCUGCUCAACGCAUCUCUUUCCACUCCCAUAAUCCAGGCCUCCUUACCCAGAAUUCGACGACUAUUGCUCAGAGUUCCGUUGACGUGGUGCCUGAUACCGUCCCGAGAGCACCCAAGAGAAGCUCGAGAUCGCCUUCGCAGCAACCCUUUCCCCGCCAAAGGAGCCCAGGAAACGAGAGAAACUCGCCGGCACCAUUUACUCCCCGCAUCCAGAGAAUGGAAGGCUCCGGUGAAGAAGCGCCACGGCUUUCGGCGCUUGAGACGGUUCGCCGCAUACAGGCCGAGGUUUUUGGGCCAUUGUCCGGAGAUCCGCCUGCUGGCAGCAACCAAGAAGAACCUCAACUAGCUUCCCCGUCGGCCAUCAAUCCACCAUCUGAGAACUUUGCAGAGCAUUUGGAGGCCUCUGCCGUCCCACCAGACUCUUCCUCGUGGCAACCACCCCAGGGGGAUGCUGCCCUUAUGGGCGGACACGCCGAGUAUGAACAGCCGCAGGAGACAGUAGCUCCUGCAGACCUUACCACUAGCAACCAGUUACCGGAUCAAGAUGUCGAGGAUACGACCGCCGCUUUCCCGGACCAACCUGAUGAGUAUCCCCUGAACUCGGGCGAAAACGAGCAGGACGAAGACGACGACAGCCACGAAGAAGGACGCCAUAUCACCGUCACGCUUCCCAUGGCUGCCAACACCCGGGCGAAGUAUCUCGACACGGUUUCGGAGAACAAAUCGACCCUGAUCCAGUUCGGAGAGGUGUUUUCAAACUCGUUCUCGGAUGUUCCAGACGCCUCGUUGGUGUCGAAGGUCGACGCCAUCUUUGAACAGUUGCUCAAUCUCUGCGAUCUGCCCGCCUAUGACGAAGACCUUCCCGAACUAGGCAAGGUGGACAUGAUGAAGCACGCCACUAAUACAAACAGCAAGUUCUCCUUCGUCUACGAACUUCUUCAAGAGCUGAGGGACAUCAACCUCCGGUUCCUCAUCUUCUCUCAGCCCGGUCGAGUCUUCGAAUACCUGGAAGCAGUCAUCUCAACGACAGGGUGCCCGUAUACAGUCCUAGGACAAGAGGGCCCCACGGGGCAGCUCGUGCCUGCGGAAGGAGCCUCAGUUGUUCUUGCUACAGUCGGGCAGGACUUGACCAAAGUUCAGGGAGUUGACGUCGUCAUCGCAUUCGAUCACGCAGCCAGGUCUGCCGAACUGCCACAGACGUUGGGCUUCGAGUCUACGGCACCGAUCAUCAUGUCCCUCGUUGCAAUAUAUUCCCUGGACCACAUCGACCAGCAACUUGACCUGGUCGAGCAGGACCUUGAUAGCUUGGAAAGGCGCAACGCACUCAAUGUGGCAACGGCUACCGCCAUGGAUUACCUCAGGAAUCCCGAUCGGCAGAACAGCGAGCCGCACGAAGCAGCCAAGAAGUUUGCCGCCUUCCUGAGGAACCCGGAAGUCGGCUUGGACUGGGAACCCCAUCCGCUUCCUGCCGACAUCUUUGAGAUCUGGCUUAGCUCUCAGGAGCGCACUCAAAAUGAAAGUCGCACUCAGUCCCAUGCUCAGAUGGGAGCCGGUGAUAGGAAACGGGCGUUGAGUAACCUUGAUGAGGGGAUCGCUAAGCGACCAAGGCUUCUAGAAUCGCAGCAACCGUCCCGUAACGCGACUCCGGCUAGGAUGAGUGAUCUGCUCAAGCAGACGCUCGCACACCACACAGUCGCUGGGCCUGCCGUGCAAAUGGUCGAAGUGCCCGUGGAGCAGCUCGAGAAGCUGUCAGCCAAGGUAAACCCUAAAUCGCCUGUUGCGCGAACAAAAGUGCCUGUUGCUUACCCUACUGCUCUUCAGAUUGCGGAAUUAGAGUCCCAGCUGGCAAGGGAGAGCGCUAUCGAGGCCAAGACGCGCGAGCAUUGCCUCGGCCUAGAGUCACAACUACGGUCCUAUGAGCGCACCGUCCAGUCACUUCAGCCAAAGUACAUGGAAGCUCUUCGCGACCGCAGCGCAUUCGAAAAACAGUGUCAAAAGGCGAUUGAGAGAGAGAAAGCUGCGACCGCGCGCCUCGAGGCCCAGACGGCCGAGAUUGAGGCUCUGAGAGAGAAGAACAAGCUGCUGGAGUCGAAGCUCGCCGAGGCGAAUAAUGCCCUCGCCACUUCGGCCGUGCCGGAAAUUGCGAGACUCGCCCAAGCGGAGAAAGACCGUGCCGAGGCCCUUGCCGCCGUCGAAAGGCUGGAGAAAAAGGUUCGCAUGAUACAAAGUGAAGCUGAGUACAGCCGCAAGGCGUACCAAGAUGCGUCGAAUGCGCACACGGAGCUCAAUCGGGAAUACCGGGAACUCGAGAGCGAAAUCGACGAAUACAAGCGGCGCGCGAGCGAGAACCUGCGCAAGAUCCACCAGAUGCACGCCCAGGGAGAGAUGGCCGAGAUUGCUCGCCAAGUGGACGAACUCCAAGCGUUGCUGGAGAAUCGUGAGCGCGAGCUGGAGCGUGCCAAGGAGGAGCUCAAGGUGUUGAAGAACGGGCGACGCGAGACGCGUCAGGCUAGUGUCCCUCGCAGUCCGCGGUUGGGCGUCAUGAGUCCCCGGCCCGCGCGUGGUAUGGGAGCUGGUAGCAGAGGCACCAGUCCCGCGCCACCGAUUAGCUCUGACGGGCCAGGCAUGGGCGGCGGUACAGACCCCGUUCCCGGCAUGACCUACUUCCCUCCCGCCACGAAUGCCGGCCGCUGGGGACACCUCCGAGAGUAGGAGCGAGGAGGCAACGAGGCCGGCAGCGGCAGGAGCAGCGGCGGCACUCGGUCGGACCCAGAGUCGGUUGCCGGUGAGCGGGGAAGGAAG